AUGCAGAGGCCUUGGGGGGCCCCCGGGGCCUCGUUUGGAGGCAUUGGUUUGGAGUGGGACACAGACAUUUUGUCUUUGUCGCAAAAGUACAAAGGAAUGCUGCAGCGGGUGGGGUGGGUUUUGCUGCGGCCCUUCGUGAAGGUGCUGGGCUGCGGCAGCAACCCCGUCAUUCAGCUGCUGCAGCACAUCGAGGCAAGAUACGACCCCGACAUUCCCUACCACACAGCCACCCACGCGGCGCAGGUGGCGCAUGCAGCAAUGGUCUUGAACACGAAGCUAGCUCUUGAUCCUUUGAGGGCCCCUUUCUUGUUUGAGGGGCCCCACACUUUGCUGCAGGGGCCCCAUCGCAGCGCGAGGGGGGCUCCUGGCCAGCAGCAGCAGCAGCAGCAGCAGCAGCAGCAGCAGCAGUUGCAGGGGACUCCUGAAGAGCCAUAUUGCAUGCAGCAGCAACAGCCUGUCUGCUGCUUCUCUUGGCAGUGCUGCUGGGCUUCAGCGCGAGAGACAACACAGCAGCAGCAGCAGCAGCAGCAGCAACAGCAGCAGCAGCAGCAGCAACAGCAGAAGCAGCAGCAACAGCAGCAGCAGCAGCAGCCGCGGGGCCGCGUCUGCUGCAGAGGCUACUGCAGCACCGUUGGCAGCAGCAGCAGCAGCAGCAGCAGCAUUUCUGGCAAAGGCCGGAGCAUUAGCAACAAAGUAUGCAGCAGAAGCAGCAGAGUAUGCAGCAGCAGCAGCAGCAGCUGCUGCUGCUGCUGCUGCUGCUGCAGCAUUGGCUUGACGCAGCAGCGCCUCAGCCGCUUUUACUUCUCAUCUCUUUUAUCUCGGCCUUCCUCUUCUUUCACUGACAUGCAGCAGCAGCUGCCGCUGCAGCUGCUGCAGCAGAACGAGCUGCAGCAGCAGCAGCAGCAGCAGCAGCAGCACGACUUGCUGCAUGAGCAUCGCCUGAAGUGCGUGGAUCAGCUUGGGGCGCAGCAGGAGCAGCAGCAGCAGCUGCAGCAGCAGCUGCAGCAGCAGCUGCAGCAGCUGCAGCGGCAACAGCAGCAGCAGCAGCAGCAGCAGCAGCAGCAGGACCUGCAGCGGCAGCAGCUGCAGCAGCUGCAGCAGCAGCAGCAGCAAAUGGGCCUCAUGUUCCAGAUUGAAGGCACUCUUUUAAAUUCUGAAAACAUUUAUCUUUCUUGGAUUCGAAAUGGAUUACUUUCUUCUUCUUGCGCCAUGAUUGCCUAUUCCGCCAAUGAAACCAGCACAGACAUGUGCGGGAGCUGCAACGCCGCUGGCAGCAGCAGCAGCAGCAGCAGCAGCAGCCGCUGCAGCCGCUGCAGCAAAUUGUGCAGCAGCAACAACAACAGCUGCUGCAGCAGCUGCAGCAGCAGCAGACAGAACGGCCGCCGCAGGAGGCGCAGCAACAGCCCCAGCAGCAGCAGCCGCAAGAGCAGCAGCAGCAGCAGCAGCAGCAGCAGCAGCAGCAGCAGCAGCAGCAGCAAUUUGGAAGGCCUGCUUUGCUGA